AUGUUGAUCAACAACGAUGUGAUCGUCAACUAUGUCCUCGACCACCAUCAUCUCCACCACGAACUUUUUCUGCUACUCAAGACGCGUCGUUUAUGUAAGGGCCAAGCGAGAAAAACUGGCUCGCUUUUCUUUUUUACGCCGUUAAUCAUGCAAGUGAAGUGA